AUGCUACAAAAAUGGAUUAUACUAGCUGUUAUUUCGACAUGUUGUGCUAUCAGGUUCAGCAUCAAUGCUAAUCAAAAGAAAUGCUUGAAAGAAGAAAUUCAUAAGAACAUCAUAGUUACUGGAGAAUACGAGUUCAGUGAAGGAGUAGGGUAUUCUGGAAGCGUUAUUGUGUCUGAUACACGUGGCCAUAUUCUUUAUAAGCGUGAGAAUUUCCAAGACUUGAAAGGAAAGUUUGCAUUCACUGCUGACGAGUAUGACAUCUUCGAGAUUUGUGUGUUGAACCAUGGUCCAAGUCCUCAAGGAGGAUCUGCCCGUGAAGUCAACCUAUCGAUGAAGCAUGGUGUUGAAGCUAAAAACUAUGAAGAUUUAGCUAAAGCAGAGAAGCUUAAACCCUUGGAGGUCGAGUUACGACGACUCGAAGAUUUAUCAGACUCCAUAGUCAAAGACUUCGCCUUCAUGAGACAACGUGAAGAGGAGAUGAGAAAUACAAAUGAGUCCACUAAUAGCCGUGUUUUAUAUUUAUCAGUGUUCUCCAUGCUUUGUCUAUUAGGGCUUGCCGCUUGGCAAGUUCUGUUCCUUCGCAACUACUUCAAAGCCAAAAAGCUUAUUGACUGA